AUGUUCAAAAAUACAUUCCAAAGUGGCUUCCUUUCAAUAUUAUACUCCAUCGGAUCUAAACCCCUUCAAAUUUGGGACAAACAAGUGAAGAAUGGGCAUAUUAAACGCAUAACUGAUCAGGAUAUUCAAAGUUCUGUUCUUGAGCUCAUCGGAACCAACGUGAGCACCACGUAUAUUACAUGUCCAGCAAGUUCGAAAAAAACACUAGGAAUCAAGUUACCCUUCUUGGUUAUGGUCAUCAAGAAUCUCAAAAAAUACUUUACAUUUGAAGUUCAAGUUUUGGAUGACAAAAACAUCAAGAGGCGGUUCCGAGCUUCCAACUAUCAAAGCACAACCAGAGUGAAACCAUUUAUUUGUACAAUGCCAAUGCGUCUCGAUGAGGGUUGGAAUCAAAUUCAAUUCAACUUGGCAGACUUUACAAGAAGAGCAUACGGAACCAACUACAUAGAAACAUUAAGAGUUCAAAUACAUGCAAACUGUAGAAUUAGAAGAAUUUACUUCUCUGACAGAUUGUAUUCAGAGAGUGAUCUGCCAGACGAGUUCAGAUUGUUUUUACCAAUUCAGAAAAACUAG